ACUGAAGAAGCUGAGUGAAGACAGCUUAACGAAGCAGCCUGAAGAAGUCUUUGAUGUUCUGGAGAAGCUUGGGGAAGGAUCUUAUGGUAGUGUGUUUAAAGCCAUACACAAGGAGUCUGGGCAAGUYGUAGCAAUUAAGCAGGUCCCUGUGGAGUCAGAUCUUCAAGAAAUAAUUAAGGAAAUCUCUAUAAUGCAACAAUGUGACAGUCCCUAUGUUGUCAAGUACUAUGGCAGCUAUUUUAAGAACACAGAUCUGUGGAUUGUUAUGGAAUAUUGUGGGGCUGGCUCUGUUUCGGACAUAAUUAGACUUCGUAAUAAAACGCUAACAGAAGAUGAAAUUGCAACUAUUCUUAAAUCGACUCUUAAAGGACUUGAAUAUUUGCACUUUAUGAGAAAAAUACACAGAGAUAUAAAGGCUGGAAACAUCCUCCUUAACACUGAGGGGCAUGCAAAAUUAGCUGAUUUUGGUGUUGCUGGCCAGUUAACAGAUACAAUGGCAAAACGUAAUACUGUUAUAGGAACUCCAUUCUGGAUGGCUCCCGAGGUAAUACAAGAAAUUGGCUAUAACUGCGUGGCAGACAUCUGGUCCCUCGGGAUCACUUCCAUAGAAAUGGCCGAAGGAAAACCUCCCUAUGCUGAUAUUCAUCCCAUGAGGGCUAUUUUUAUGAUUCCUACAAACCCUCCUCCAACAUUCAGGAAGCCAGAGCUCUGGUCUGAUGAAUUCACAGAUUUUGUGAAGAAGUGUUUAGUGAAAAAUCCUGAACAGAGAGCAACAGCGACACAGCUUCUCCAGCAUACAUUUAUCAAGAAUGCCAAACCAGUUUCRAUCUUAAGGGACCUGAUCACUGAAGCUAUGGAAAUAAAAGCAAAGCGACAUGAAGAACAGCAAAGAGAACUGGAAGAGGAGGAAGAAAAUUCGGAUGAAGAUGAGCUGGACUCUCACACGAUGGUGAAGACCAGCUCAGAGAGCGCUGGCACCAUGAGGGCCACGAGCACCAUGAGCGAAGGUGCUCAGACAAUGAUUGAGCACAGCAGCACUAUGCUGGAGUCGGACUUGGGGACCAUGGUGAUAAACAGCGACGAUGAUGAAGAGGAGGACGGGACCAUGAAAAGAAAUGCUACUUCACCACAAGUACAAAGACCUUCUUUCAUGGACUACUUUGACAAACAAGAUUCCAAGAAUAAAAGCCCUGAAAACUGUAAUCAGAACAUGCAUGAACCCUACCACAUAUCCAAAAAUGUUUUCCCUGAUAACUGGAAAGUCCCUCAAGAUGGAGACUUCGAUUUUCUAAAGAAUCUAAGUUUAGAAGAAUUACAGAUGAGAUUAAAGGCUUUGGACCCCAUGAUGGAGCGCGAGAUCGAAGAGCUGCGUCAGAGAUACACUGCCAAGAGGCAGCCCAUCCUCGACGCGAUGGACGCGAAGAAACGAAGACAGCAGAACUUCUGAGGGUGUUUUCCUUUCGUGCAGAGAUAAUGUCAGGAGUCGGGGGGACACUGGUAUCGCUAAGUCUUGAAGGAAUUCUGAGAGUUUAAAAAACAAAUGCAACCUUUCAAAUUUGCCUUCACAAACCAUGGCAAUUGGAGCAGUGAAAGAGCAUACGUAUGGUAUUCUGCAAAGCAGUAAAACCCAUUACCACUUAUUCUUUUUCAGAUGUUUAAUGUAAUAGAAGUUCAGUCUGUUACUUCCUAAUCUUUUU